GAACUCGAAAGCUAAGAACAGAAUAAUCACACGCACGCACGCACAAAAACACCACUUUAAGAUUGUUUUGUUUUCCCCUAACUUUACGAAACACAACACAACAUAAACACACACUAUAUAUAUAAUCUAAUCUAUCAAAGGUUCCAAACCUCUUACGAAAUUGUUUUUAUUUAAUGGUUGUUGCGUUUUUAAUCCAAUGGGAGCUCAAAAGAGCAUCCAUGCUGGCAAAGCAAAGAUUGAUGUUAAUGUUGAUUUUACUCACAAGCUUUGUACUUAUUUGAUGCUCAAUACCUUCAGGAGUGAUGACAAUCCUCUUUCACUAGUAAUUGGGAGUCUUUGUAUCAAACAUCCAAAUUUAUUUGGUGGAAGUGAGAAGCUUGAUGUUUCAUGGGACAAGGGUUUGUAUGAUUCGAAUAUUUUAAUCGCUUAUAGAAGGCCACGGGAAGAAUGUUUUGCUCAUCAGUCUUUCGUGGUGCAGCAUUCUCUUUCACCAGAGAUCGGAAUCCAUGGUAUCCCCGUAAACAAUUUCUCCCGCUCGGGAAGUGGAGGCGUAAAUUUAUCUAGAUUAUCAGUUGGGAUGGAUCUGAAGGAACCUGCGAGUUCAAAGUGGAGCAGCACAACCAGCAUAAAAUUUGAGCAUGUUCGUCCAUUAAACGAUGAUGGUCGCAAUAUAAGCAUGGAUCGUGACGGGUUUGCUUUGACUUGCAGUGGCAGUCCACAUGACAGUAUGGUAGUCUUAAAGCAAGAGUCUCGACACACAAAGGCAAACGAUCAUAGCUUUUUUCAUUUUAAUCUUCAAAUAGAACAAGGUAUUCCUGUUCUUUCUAAGUGGAUAAUUUUCAACCGAUUUAAAUUUGUUGCUACGAAAGGAAUCAAACUUGGACCAACACUUCUCUUGACAAGACUUACAGGUGGUUCAAUCGUUGGGGACAUGGCUCCUUACCAAGCAUUUUCCAUUGGGGGGCUUGGGAGUGUCCGAGGCUAUGGUGAAGGAGCAGUUGGUUCUGGGAGAUCAUGCCUGGUGGCUAAUAGCGAACUGACUCUCCCUUUGACUAAGAUGUUGGAAGGUGCAAUUUUUAUGGAUUGCGGAACAGAUUUGCGGACUGGUUAUCUUGUACCUGGUAAUCCAGCUUUAAGGCAUGGUAAACCAGGAUCAGGUGUUGGAUUGGGAUAUGGACUUAGAUUUAAAUCACAAUUUGGUCAUUUUCAAGUUGAUUAUGCUAUUAAUGCAUUUAAGCAAAGGACACUCUAUUUUGGCCUCAGCAACCUUGCUUCAUGAAAUCCUUAAACACAGAAGGUUGCAGAACUCUUGCUUUUCUUUGUAGUUUAUCAUCCCACGAUAAAGAUUUAUAGAUUAUGGAAUGAUAAAGCUACAGAUGCUGCAAAGUUUAUCAUCAAUCCAUAUAGCAAUAUGAAGUGCAUUCUAUUUAAUUUCUAACUCCGUGCUAUAUUUUGCGUGUGGAGUGAGAAAGUUAUUGUAUUCUUUUUAUUACAAUUCAUAGCAGUUGCAAAAUUUCUUGGCAUUUUUUAAAGGCUUUUUGUUUAGGGUAAAUGAGUGCAAGUAGAUUGGUUUAUUGUAAAUUUCUUUAUAAUCAAGCUAGAAGGAAAAUAAACUAUGAUCAAGUGAAAAUGACAAGUAAAAAAAUUAGCAGACACAAA